AUGAGCACCUCUCCGCCGACGACUGCGCCCUCAACGCCACCUCCGAAGGAGACAUGCAAAGGAACAUGGACCUCGCCGCCGCCGCCGCCCCAACUCAAAGUGAAAGGCGCCAAAGUGCAAGUCGCGGACAACUUCGCCUACUUGGGCAGCACCCUCUCCCGCACCACCAAGAUCGUCGAUAAAGUGGCCCGCCGGAUCUCCAAAGCCAGCCAAAUCUUUGGCCGUCCUCAAAGCACAGUCUGGAAUCGCCACGGUAUUCAUCUCAACACCAAACUUAAUAUGUACAAGGUGGUCAUCUUGCCGACACUGUUGUAUGGAGCAGUGACCUGGACGGUGUAUAAGAAGCGGGCGCGGAGAUUCAACCACUUCCACGUCUCCGACGAAUACUGA